AUGGCCAACCAAACCAUGACACCAUUGAAAGGUUUGACUCAGGGAGCAUUUGAACCACUGAGCCAUCUCGCCGGCCACUGCAUUGCUACUUCGUUUGGUUUCUCAAGCCAUGUCAACAGAUCGAAUAGACUACAUCAAGUCAGCCAAAUUCCCGAUCCAAAGUCCGAUCCGCGCCUCAUAUCAACUCCCAGUCACUGGAAGCAAAUUGAUGCCAACACACUCAAUACCCACUUUGCUUCCAUGUCAACCGACCCGUCCUACAAGACUCCACCAAAAAAAGCAACUACAAUCAAUAGUCGUCAACAUCAACAAUUUACCCCAUACUCCGUCCUGCACAUGCUAACGAAGGCCUGUCCAUCCGGUACAGGCUUUCAAACAUUUCACGCACUCAAAACACUCCGUUCACAUGGUCUCAGAGGCGUCAAAUUAUUCGACAUCACCGAAUCACUUAUCAUCUCACGCAUCAAAUAUGCAGCUCCCUCCUGGUCUGGUUUUGCCACGCAACAACAACUUCAGCAGCUACAAUCUCUCAUCAAAAAACUAAUUCGCUUCAACUACCUAUCUGCAUAA